GUUGUUUGUUAAAGGCUUUUCAUAUCCUUCGGCCAUGGCCUGGCCUUUCAUUUUCGUCCUGACGUCGGUAAGCGCCCACCAGACUUGUGGAGCCUGCAAUUGAUGCAGCAGCUGCGCAAAGAACCUUCCGCUUCACCCACAGUGUGGUCGAGUGUGGGGCAUCGCUUCCAGUGCCACCGCUGGGCUAUGAGCCACUCUGCGACGCCUACAUCGUGCAUGAGACCUGCAGGCUGCUGAACGGCGGGGUGAAGCAUGAGGACGGCGAUCGCUGGACAUCAGCCACAGGACUGACAGCGAUUCUUUCAGCAUCACCGGAGAACAUCAACACGCUGUGGCAGGAGCUGCGGCUGGAUGAGAUCGAAUCCGGGGACCAGAUCCCCUGCAUGGACCUCUGCCUCAAGCUGGUGGAGUACUUGCAGGGUCACGGUACUUGUCCACCUGGCAGCGACAUUUCUUGCUACAAUGUCGGGGUGGAGACAUUCUGCGACCUGGACUUGCGCCCGGCUGCCAUGAAGAAGCUCAUGCAGCACGACGGCGACUCGCAAAGCGUGCCCCUGCGUCACUCCCACGGCUCCCACGACCUCCUCGGCUCCCCGCCGCCCUCCCCACCGCCUUUUGGCUCCUACGACAGUCCCGCUCUCAAGGCCGAGCCCAGUGGCAUCAGCUACGAGCUGUGGGAAGCUGUUGAGAGAACUGCCAAUCUUUUCCGCAUAUAUCCAGCACCACCCAGAGAGGAAGAGGAGGAGGAGGAGGAAAACGAGAGCGAGGAAAUCAAACUGCAUCAGUCGAGCUCAGACAGAAUGGACAGGCCAGCUGGCAUGAUGGCGCGAGGAGACUUGCUUCAAGCUGGGAGUUGCCCAGACUUCGCAGCGCUCAGCGAGGCCGACGAGGACGGUGAUUGUGUGUGUCCAGAACACACCACCUGCCAUGACGGGCCCACAGUGGGCUGCCCCACGAAAAGCGGCCGGGCCAGCAAGAUCAUGUUCGACAAAGACUGCGAGACCUGCACCUGCGAGACCCCGCAGCUGGAAGAGCCGGCUUCCAAGGAGUCUUCCCUCGAGUGCCCAAGCUCCGCAGCGAUUCGGCGCCCGGAUCCGGACGGGGACUGCUUCUGCGGCCGGAAGCUUUGUAUGCAAGGCGAGGAGCAAGGCUGUACCUCACGGCUCUCCAAGGACUUCAAGCACUUCCCUGCGAGCUGCAGCGACUGCAGAUGCGUGGACGCGACGUGAAGCCUGCGUGAUCUAAAUGCCCCGGCAUCUGCCAGAUUGAGACUGUCUUGUGUUGGUGGCCCCCCAAAGGGGGCAGUGAAGGGGCCCAGGGAAAACACCAAAUACCAAAUGAUUCCUUCGGCUCGAUUUUGCAGAAAUCGAUCCAAGCUUAGACUCUGCCAGCGUUGGCUCACAAUGAGCCUAUAGAAUGUGGUGGCAUUAAGCGAGCUCAUGUCAAGGUCCGAC